CACUCGCGCCGAUAGUAUGCACCAUCGACAAACACGUUUCAAUGGAAAAUAACGAAUUGUGAUUGGCUCAUUUGUUAUGAUUACACUGGCAAAUCAGAAUCGAACACAUCUGAUUGGACAGAACGACCGGAAUCGGCUGACCAAUUUCAGCUUUAAUUCGGCAAUCUCGGAUACCUGAAUACGAUCUUUCUCUGCGAGAGAUGCCGACCUAGAUGCAGCGGGUCUCUUUAGUGAAGAGUGAGUGCGGAUCAGAAAUUACCGGCACGCUCACAUUGCUUCUUCAUCAUUGGGGGAGAUAAAGAUCGCACGGAAACUCAAAUAUGCCGCUCUAUGAGUAACUGGACCAGUUAUGCCUCAAUAUAGACUUUAAUGGAAGCCGAAUCAAGCUUCGCUCGUAUGACAGGUGAUCUCACUGAUGAAAAGAUAUCAGUCAUCGUUUCGAACCUUAAGGGUUCUUCUACAGGAGUGAAUAACAUCAUGAAAACCUUGUCGGCUUCGUUAAAGGGGAUUUCGCACACUAACGAUUCAGCCCACUUUUGACAUUUUCUCGGGCAGUGAAAAUGAACCGUCUCAUUUCCUAUUUAUAAGUCUGGCGCAGAUGAGUUAGCUAGAUUAGGCCUGCUGAACAUGUGGACAAUAGGGUCCGCAAUAGGGUUCCAUUCAAGAACUUGCGUAUGACAAGAUGAUGUCUUGAUAUCUACUGCAUUGUACUCGUCGUAGGAAAUACGCUUUAAAGUGAAAUAAAAAGGCAACCACGGCCAUUGAGAUGGCAUAACAAAACUUAAAUAUGAUCAGAAACACGCUGGCUAAACAUGGACAUCUUCUCCCAUGAGGAUUAUUUUGCCAAGGUCGUAUUUGGCUGGACCAUAAAGGAGCCAGAUCUUGGUUCUGAUGUCGUUUCGUCAUUACUUGCAUGUGUUGUGCUCUGUCAACACCUCAAGAACUGUACAACUGUUAGUAUUUUUCCUGAUCAUGCGGCAUCGCUUGGUUGUCAGAUGAGUAAGAGGAAGGGGACAUGUAUGGAGAAGGAGGAGGCUGUCUCACACCCAGGAGCCAAGACGUAUCAGAGAAAGAGAUUUGAACAGUAUGGCUACCAAUCUAGAUGGCAAGUUUUAUUUCGACCGCCCAUACUUGCACUGAAGAAGGACAAGUGGUUCUUCGAUUUGAAAUCAUCAAAGUUUGUAAUGAUGAAAUCCCCACCCAAAACCCCUUAUGAGCCCGGAUAUGUAAAAGUACGGGUUUACCACAUGAGUAAUGGGUCCUUUAGUGUCGUGUACUCAACAAGCUUCUAUCCAUCACUAACUAUUAUGGGAUUUUUUCAUUUUCUCUACAAAAGAUUCUUGAUUUUUGUCAGUCGCAAGACAGGUCAUAUUGCUUAUCGCCUCUUCAACAUAAAACAAGGACAAUUUGAAGGCGCGGUUGUCACUCCACGACGCGAUGCUUGCAAUGGGAGAAGGGCUAACAUUAAUUAUCUAUUUAACGAUAUAUUUCUAGUCACCUGUCCAACUCGAGACAAAUCGAGUAUGUAUCACGUGAUCGAGUUUAACAAGACUGGUAUUUCUAACCUUUUCCUAAAACCCCUGACUUACUUGCCUUUAAAACUCGACCCAAUCUUUGGACAUAACGGGGAUAUCUUCUGCGUUAAUGAAAGCAAUGGCUCAUAUAUCAUCACUGCCUACAGACGGCAAAACCAAUACCAACCGGUGAUCUACAUAGUAAAACUGAUCGACGUGCUUAAAAAUUGUCGGCACACAUUUCAUCUGUUCAGCCCUUUGCGUGACUUUCUAGAGACUCUAUGUCUUCCUGGCCCUAGUCAAGCCGUUACAUACCAACAAAUCUACCAACCAAAGAAUGGUCUUCGCAAGAAAGGCGCAGGUAAACUGAUUUUAAAGCCAAUUAUUUUAAAGUUUUCCCCACAACGACACGAUGACAAUCCACACCAUGUGUUCUUUACACCUCUUGAUGGCUCACUACUUCAUGUGGUUACAGUGAAGAAUUACAUUAAGUUAGUGGCAGUUUACAAAGGAAUUGUGUAAUGCAAUAGCUUAGUUGAAUGAGCUAUGGACAUUGAAGCUGCAGAGAUUCACAUGAAUGCGGCAAUAUGGUACUCCAGACACGUACUGUGGCAAACUGGAGACUUGACAGAAACUCGUCGAUAUCUUUGUGAAGGCUUCGCAUAAACAAUGACCGAUGACCCAGAAACAACCCUUCAAAAGGGUGUCGAUGCCUUUGUGCAGUUAUCGGUAUAUGAGGCACUUGAUUAAAUAAUGACCGAUAAUCCAGGACCAUCCGUACAAAAGGGCGUUGAGCUUCGUUUCGUAGGACAGUGUACGUACACGUUGGUUGAACCUGAUGAGCCUGGUAAACGCCGAUCCCGGACGUUGAACGUAUUACGGACGAAUGUGAAUUGUCGUUUAGUAGAUCAGACACACUUCGACAGCAGAAUAUGAUAAAAGACAUAACCCUUGUCACCCGUCAAGGUGAAUGAACCAAAAGGAUAUUCCGUGGAUCGAGCUGCAUUGAAUCUGAUCAUCAGAAUGAACCACGAAGAAUAAAUAAGUCGUUGAGCCUGCAUCCAGAGUCCAAAAUCUGAGCCAGGUUUUUAGCAACUACUCGCAUGCACGAUAUUCGGUGACGAACUCACACCUAAUACAUCUUAGUUUUUAAAUAUUCAUGGAUAAAGUGCCUGGGAACAGAGGAUUUGACGGUAUUAUGUAUUUUAAUCUCUGAGGUAAGUUCAUGAGCUUCAUAGAACGAUAUCUUUAAUCUGUCACCCUACAAUAGGAACAGUUUGCGAGGGGAACAUUAACACUGCAGUACCAGCCGGUUCACUCCGACACCGCCAGAGAUUCAUGAAAUAAACACUCAGGCUAAAAUGGAAUUGUUUCUUCCGUUCAAUCUAUACGCUAUAUGCGCUGUAUCCUGGAUCAUGGAUAGAAUUGAUUGUCCGAUAACAGAUGGCUACUUCAUAUUCGUCACCAGAGUCAUCUUUGUCAUCCUCGGCGCCAUUGCUUUCAAUGUCCGGAACAGAAUCUGGGACGUCUGACCUGGUGUCCUCCCAUUCCCUUGACUUCCAGUUCCUGUGCGGGAGAUAUUGGUGCACCCCUCCAUUCCAGCUAUCCUCCUCCUCCACCGUGUACCGUAUCACUCUCACCAUCCCGCAUGUACCAGUAUGUUACAAGCUGCUUCAUCAUUUUAGCCGCCUGCUAACACUGGCUCGGAUCCUGGCCGAUAACGAUGUUGAUGUAAGACUACCAGUAAGAUGGCAGCCACCAUUGCGAGAUGCAUCUCUAAGCCCGUCUAUAGACAAUGUAGACCAUUUCAACCAGGCUUCUCCAGUGCAACAGGGACUCCGGCACAUGAACAUGAACACCAUUUUCAA